AUGAUGAUUAUUUAUCUACAAUGUUCAGCAAGACUAUCUACAUGUUAUUCCUAUAUUGGUAUUGCCUUGAGAAGUGCUUUGAAAGAAGGUUUGCAUAGAAAUUUAACUAUUUUCCAAAAUUCAAAGAGAAAAUUGGACCCAAUUGAAGAAGAUACUAGAAAAAGAUUGUUUUAUACUAUUUAUAAAAUGGAUAUUUACAUCAAUUCAUUAUUUGGAUUGCCAAGAUCAUUGAAUGAAGAUGAAUUUGAUCAGGAGUUGCCUGCAGAAUUGGAUGAUGAAAAUGUCACCCGAGAUGAAUAUUUGUAUGAUAAACAAGAAGGUAGAUUAAGUUCUUCUGGUUGUGCUAAUCAACAUACUAAAUUGAUGAUGAUUUUGUCUCAUAUAAUCAGAAAAAUGUAUCCAAUUAAAGUUAAAGAUGAUGAUUCUGAAGAAUUUCAAUCCAGUUCAAGUGUUCAUUAUUCACGUGAUAGAAUUCAUGCUAAAGUUACUGAUUUAGAAGUUGAGUUGAAGAAUUGGUUGGAUAAUUUACCACAAGAAUUGAAACCAAUUGAUCCAAAUAGUCCUGCUUCAAGUGAUGGAAUGGAUAAAGUUCCAGAGAAAUUCCGUUUGGCAAAUUAUUAUCUUCUUUUAGAAUUUUUGAAUUGUCAAAUUAUCUUGUAUCGUCCAUUUAUUCAUUUUAUUAGUGAUAGUAUGGAUGCAUCAGUAUCAGAUCUACGUUCAUUAAUUAGAGGUAGAAAUUGUAUUAAAGUGGCCAGAAUGGUUGUCAAAUUGGCCAAUAAAAUGAUUGAUCAAAAAUUAUUAUUGGGAACUUAUUGGUUUUCGAUGUAUACUAUAUUUUACAGUAUUGCAUGUUUGAUUUAUUAUUUCCAUUUUGCUAAUUAUAGCAAUAAUGGUAAACGUUAUAAUUAUGCUGGGAUUUUAUUUGAUGACGAUUUGAGUAUUGAUAUGAUUAAGAAAGAUAUUGAAAUUGGGAAAAAAGUUUUGGAUAGUUUGAAAAAUUCUUCUAAUAGUUCAUUAAGAAUUUAUAAUAUUUUAAACACUAUGUUUGAACAAUUGAAUAGAAGAACAGCUACCAGAUCAAGACAAACUUCAGGUUCUUCAACCACUUCAGCUGUUAGUAGCACUAAUAAUGAUGGUACUGUUUCACAAACAGAACAAGUUCCGAUUCCUCCAACAUUUCAAAGUCAAAAUGUUCAAACUAUAUUUAACAAUUUCGAUAAUAUGAAUCAAUAUGCCAAAAAGAAUCAACAAGAUCAAGAGCAGUAUAUUAAUGUUAAGAAGGAAAGUUUAGGUGAAUUGUUUGAUUCAACAUCAUUGGUCAAAUUUAAAUCAAGUACCGUUUUACCAAAAAAUGCAGCCAAUUUACAAAGAAUGGCAACACCAAAAGAAGAAGUGAAUAAAGAGAUUGGAGAAGUUCCAGGAGGUAAUUUAACAUCAGAUUAUAUGCCUGGAUUAUUUGAUAAAUUGGAUGCACAAAUUUUUGGUAAAAUAUUGCCACCUUAUAUGUUGGAAAAAAAUGAAAGUUUACGAAGAAACAUGAUGAAUAAUAAUCAAGCAUUAGGUGGACAAAUCUUAUCAAACCAAGGUCAGCUGCAACAGCAACAACAACAACAAUUACAUCAACCACAAAUGCCUCAACUACAGCAUCCUGGAAUUAACAAUUUACCACCUGGAGGUGGGAGCAAUUGGCCAAUUGUGAAUGGAGAAGAUGGAUUAAAUUUAGAAGCACUUUUUGGAAGUUUAGGGGGUAAUGUAUCAAAUCAAGGAGAUUCAAAUGGUUUAGAAUAUUUGGACCCCUUUUAG